AGGUGGAAGAACCGGGAAAGCUUGGAGGAGAUGGCUCUUCUGCAUAGAGGUGCGUCCGAGGAUCAGCGGGAACGGAAGUGUCUGCGUCCCCGACCUAGACGCCCGCCGCUCUCGGCCACUCUCCGUCCACAUAGUCCGUUGGCCGCGGCUGAGCUGAUGGACCCGGCGCAGCAGAGCUAUGUGAUCUUCGAGGACGUGUUUGUUUACUUCUCCCGGGAAGAAUGGAGGCUCCUUGACAAUGCUCAGAGACUCCUGUACCGUGAUGUGAUGCUGGAGAACUUUGCAGUUUUAGCCUCACUUGGAAUUGUGUUUUCCAGAUCACAUGUAGUGAUGAAGCUAGAACAAGGGGAAGAUCCCUGGGUGCCUGACCAGGUGGAUCCGACUCUAGCCACAGAAAGAGAGACCCAGAGGGGACCUGGACCUGAUUGUUGGCUUGGUGUGGAGGAUGAGGAGGCCUGCUCUGAGCAGAGUGUUUCCUUAGAAGGAGUGUCACAGGUUAGGACUCUUAUGGAAGAUCUGAAGACCCACCCACGUGACAUGUGUGGCCCAAUAUUGAAAGAUAUCUUACAUUUGACUGAAUACCAGGGGGAAAAAGCCAAGCAGAAACCACAUACAUGUGGGGCAUGUGGGAAGCAAUUUUGGUUUAGUAUAAAUGUUCACCAGCACCAAAAGCAGUGCAGUGGAGAGAAAUCCUUCAGAAAGAAUAAGGGCAGGGACUCUGUGAAAUACUGCAGAGUCUAUGUGCCAGAGAAGAGCUAUACGUGUGGGAAGGGCAGGAUGGACUUCCCAGCCACCUCUGGUCUUCUUCAGCACCAGGCCCUUCACAGCAGGAUGAAGCCCCACAAGAGCACCAAGCUUGGGGAGGGCUUUUGCAGUGGACAGAGGUAUCACAAGUGCAGUGAAUGUGGGAAAGCAUUCCCCCGCAAAGACACACUUGCUCGGCAUCAGAGAAUUCACACUGGAGCAAGGCCUUAUGAGUGUAGUGAAUGUUGGAAAUCCUUUAGCCAAAGCUAUGACCUCUUUAAACACCAGACUGUUCACACUGGAGAAAGACCUUAUGAGUGUAGUGAAUGUGGGAAAUUUUUUAGACAAAUCUCUGGCCUUAUUGAACAUAGGCGAGUUCACACAGGUGAAAGGCUCUAUCAGUGUGGCAAAUGUGGGAAAUUCUUUAGCAGUAAGUCUAAUCUCAUUAGACAUCAGGAAGUUCACACAGGAGCAAGGCCUUAUGUGUGCAGUGAAUGUGGGAAAGAGUUUAGCCGCAAGCACACGCUUGUUCUGCACCGGAGAACUCACACUGGAGAGAAGCCUUAUGAAUGCAGUGAAUGUGGGAAGACCUUUAGCCAGAGCUCCCACCUUAACGUACACUGGAGAAUUCAUAGCAGUGAUUAUGAAUGCAGUAGAUGUGGGAAAGCUUUUAGCUGCAUCUCUAAACUCAUUCAGCACCAAAAAGUUCACUCCGGAGAAAAGCCUUAUGAGUGCAGCAAAUGUGGGAAAGCCUUCACCCAAAGGCCAAACCUUAUUCGGCACUGGAAAGUUCAUACUGGAGAAAGGCCUUAUGUAUGCAGUGAAUGUGGGAAAGAGUUCAUCCGAAAACAGACACUUGUUUUGCACCAGAAGGUUCACACUGGAGAUAAGACUUAAGAGUGUAGUGCAUGUGGGAAAUCCUCUGGCUAGUGCUUCUAACUUAUUGCCCACUGGAAAAGUCCUAGCAGUGAUCAUGAGUGCAGCAGAUGCAAUAAAUCCUUUACCCAAAGGCUGAACCUUACUUGCCAUUAGAAAGUUCACACUAGACAAAGGCCCUGACAGCAUAGGGAAUGUGCUGUCUCUUUGUUCAUCCUAAUAGCUCACCCCAGAGUGAAGCUUUGAGAUUGGCCUUUGUGGGGAAACCAUUAGUGAGAGGUGAAACCUCAUACACAUGAACAUCCACUGGGGAGAUUCCCUAUGAGUGCCAAGUAUGUGAGAUGCUUUCAGGAACUCUGUUGCACUUCCUUAACUGCUAGGGGUCUUUGCCAGUAGCAGAAGCCAUCUUGCCACUACUAUCUGGCAGUAUUGUGCAGUGUAUGCUUGUCAUCCCAGCAGUUUAUGGCAGGCAGACCUCUGCUCUCUCCUCGGUCUCUGGAAGGAGUCAUGAGUGGUAUCAUGGCCUAUCAGGAGUCCUCGUCUCCUCCCUUAUGAUGGAAAUAAUCACCUUUCUUCCAGAGGACCCAAGAAAGGUUCUGCAGGUAGCUUGCAGAGGCUGAUCUUCAUGGACUUUUUGAUUUCAUGUGAUGCUCACUAUGGAUGUAUCCAGUCUCCAAGUCACCCAGCCCUGGAACUGCCUGCCUCACUCACA